AUGGAGUGCAAAUUGUCAAUUAGAGAGUUUUACAACGCUAAGAACGUUCUGGUGACCGGGGGUUGUGGGUUUAUGGGCAAGGUGCUGGUCGAGAAGCUAUUAUACACCAUCCCGGACAUUGGGCGAGUGUACUUACUGUUGAGGCCCAAGAGGGGGAAGACUGUCCAACAGCGGCUGGAACAUAUGCUAAGUUCUCAGAUGUUUGACAGACUCAAACGUGAUCAAAAAGGAGCUAUCCAGAAAAUUAUACUAAUACAAGGCGACGUUCUAAAAGAUGACUUAGGUAUAUCUAUUGAAGAUAUGAAGACCCUUUCGGAGGAAGUAUCAGUGGUGUUCCAUUUGGCAGCAACUUUAAAAAUGGACGCAACACUAAAAGAUAGUGUGGCGAUGAAUGCAGUUGGGACCCAGCGCGCCCUCAGCGUCGCCAGGAGGAUCAAAAACCUUGCGAUGUUUGUACAUGUGUCGACAGCGUUCUGUUAUCCUGACUAUGAUGUUUUAGAAGAAAAGUUUCAUGAUCCACCAGCAGACCCCCAUGACGUCAUCCGCCUUUGCGAAUGGCUGGACGACAGGCAACUGUCCCUUCUCACGCCGUCCUUGCUGAGCAAGCACCCCAACUCAUACACGUACACGAAGCGGCUAGCGGAGAGCUUGGUCUACGAUGCCUAUCCGGACAUGCCUUGCGUUAUUGCUAGGUCUUCGAUCGUUUGCCCCGCAUACAUCGACCCCAUGCCCGGCUGGGUAGACAGCCUCAACGGGCCAGCGGGUCUGCUGCUAGCGGCUGGCAAAGGUGUCAUCCGGACCAUGCUCUGUGACGCCAGUAUAUAUGCCCAAGUCAUUCCUGUGGACGUGGCCAUCAAUGCCAUGAUAGCGCUCGUAAUGAUUGAGGCCACUAAGAAAAAGUUAGUAAAAGUUCAAGCUGUAAUGGUCUUCAUUAUUAUCAUAAUAUCAGCCAAAAUACGUCCAUCCACUUCUGGGUGCUAAA